AUGACCGAUAGGAGAACACAAGAAGGAAGAGCCGUAAAGCCUAAACAAGUGGGAGAUAGGGAGAGACGAGACAAGACGGGAGGGAAAGGGCCCGACCAGGAGGAGGAAGCCGAGGACGAACCCUCCCUACGAGAGAAAAAGGAUAACCGUAACUCUUCGAGGAAAGGAGGCCACCCGUCGAAACCAAUUCAAGAUCAGAACUGA